UGGCCCAUUGAUUCCCAUAUUUAUACCCCUGUCUCUCAUUUAGUUACGCUCUGAUGGUAUAUUUCUUGUAAAAGAAGACAAAUCUCAAAACUCCCAAAACCAUUUCUGAAGCUUUUCGCCCCCUUUCUUCACAGUUACAGCUCAAUGGGACAGGGAACACCCGGUGGACUUAACCGGCAACUGCCCGGAGAUCGGAAGAACGACGGAGACAAGAAGGAGAAAAAGUUCGAGCCGGCUGCUCCACCGGCUCGAGUCGGCCGUAAGCAGCGCAAACAGAAGGGUUCCGAAGCUGCAGCUCGGCUACCAACCGUUACACCGCUCACAAAGUGCAAGCUUCGGCUCCUAAAGCUCGAGCGAAUCAAAGAUUACCUGUUGAUGGAAGAAGAAUUCGUGGCCAAUCAGGAACGAUUAAAACCUCAAGAAGAGAAAACUGAAGAGGAUAGAUCUAAGGUUGAUGAUCUACGUGGUUCUCCGAUGAGCGUGGGGAAUUUAGAGGAGCUUAUUGAUGAGAAUCAUGCCAUAGUUUCUUCUUCAGUUGGGCCGGAGUAUUAUGUUGGGAUCUUGUCCUUUGUGGAUAAGGACCAGUUGGAACCUGGUUGUGCUAUUCUGAUGCAUAAUAAGGUUCUAUCAGUUGUUGGUCUUCUACAAGACGAUGUUGAUCCGAUGGUGUCUGUCAUGAAGGUUGAGAAAGCUCCUUUGGAAUCCUAUGCUGAUAUUGGUGGAUUGGAUGCUCAGAUUCAGGAGAUCAAAGAAGCUGUUGAGCUUCCUUUGACUCACCCUGAGCUGUAUGAAGACAUUGGUAUAAAACCUCCUAAAGGGGUCAUUCUCUAUGGAGAGCCUGGGACUGGCAAAACUUUGCUUGCAAAGGCAGUAGCAAACUCCACUUCAGCAACAUUCUUGCGUGUUGUCGGAAGUGAACUGAUUCAGAAAUACUUGGGAGAUGGGCCUAAAUUAGUCAGGGAGCUCUUCAGAGUUGCUGAUGAUCUCUCACCUUCUAUUGUCUUCAUUGAUGAGAUUGAUGCAGUUGGUACCAAGAGGUAUGAUGCACACUCUGGUGGUGAACGUGAGAUUCAGAGGACUAUGUUAGAAUUGUUGAACCAGCUAGAUGGUUUUGAUUCCAGAGGAGAUGUUAAGGUGAUUCUUGCUACAAAUAAAAUCGAAAGUCUUGAUCCUGCCCUGCUACGACCUGGCAGAAUAGACAGGAAGAUUGAGUUCCCUCUUCCUGAUAUUAAAACAAGGAGGCGGAUUUUCCAGAUACACACAGCAAGGAUGACUUUGGCUGAUGAUGUCAACCUAGAAGAAUUUGUUAUGACCAAGGAUGAAUUUUCUGGAGCUGAUAUCAAGGCAAUAUGUACUGAAGCUGGAUUGCUCGCUCUAAGAGAACGGCGUAUGAAGGUGACUCAUGCAGAUUUCAAGAAGGCGAAAGAUAAGGUCAUGUUCAAGAAGAAAGAGGGAGUGCCAGAAGGACUUUACAUGUAAUAAUUACAUAUAGUUUUUCGCUCAUAUUUAUUGAGGAUUUGGUUUUAGUUUGUUCUCACUGAGAAGGGCAUUAAGUUCUCAUUUUGUACGGUGAUGUUUUCAAAGAUUUGGGAAAAAAUUAUAUUCAGAACAUCUGGAUUGGUAAACACAACCGUUUUCAUUGUGUUUUUACUCGAUUCAAUCACGAUUAUCCCUCUGGUACCAUUGAAAUACUUUCUGCUUUAGAUUGGCUUAUACAAAUCAGACAGAGCAUUCUAGA